GCAUGUUCGCCUGUGUGAAAAUUCAUUCUUUUUCUGUGGUUUUCUUGCAUUUGCCACUCACUUCCUCAGCACAAGAAGAUUGUGGGGAGGAUGGUGGCAGUGCUUCUCAUUUAUUUCUGUACUGCCUGACAGACAAUCUGGAUGUAAUAACUUAAAAAUAACUUGGUUUGGUCACAAAAUACACAGGCAAGCAGAGGGGCAAGAUUCAACGUGUUUGGAAGUUAAAAAAAAGAAGAAGCAGCAUCACAUCAGCAGAGGAAGGAGGAAGUAAAGAGGACAAGAGGGGCUGACUGGAAAGAAUGUACUCUUAGAAUUCACUGUGUGUUUUGUGUUUGUUUGUUUGUUUGUGUGUGUGUGUGCGCGUGUGAACGAGAGAAUGUGUGCGCGUGUGUCUCUGUGUGUGUAACCCUAACCUUUAGUCUAAAAUUGAAGAAAUGUCUCUGAGACUACCUCGCAACUGGGACUUCAGCACAUUCAGAGCUGAAACCGCCAAGAUAGCACGCUCCAAGAGUGUUAUACCUGGGGAAGUGAGCCCUGGAUCCACUCACACUGGAUUUAAGAAAUCAAUGGAGAAACCUCUGAAAACAGGCUGGCUGAAAAAGCAGAGAUCCAUAGUGAAGAACUGGCAGCUGCGCUUCUUUGUGCUGAGAGGAAACGUUCUCACAUACCAUAAGGACGACAGAGAGAGCGCUCUCCAGGGAACCAUACCUUUGUUCUCAUGCCAAGUUAAUGAGCUGCCAUCAAAUGCAGAUGAUAAAUUCCUGUUUGAGAUUAUCCCAGGUUGCAGUACAGAUCGGGAGCGAGAUGCCUAUGUUCUCAUGGCGACCAGUCAGAGCGAGAUGGAAGAGUGGGUGCGCUCCAUCCGCAAGGCCAUUGGAUCACGGUCCAAUGGAGUAUUUGGAAAGAGCCUUUCAGACAUCAUGGUGUAUGAGAAGAAAUUUGGGCAUCGACAGGUGCCAAUCCUGGUGGAGAAGUGUGCCGAAUUUAUCAGAGAGCAUGGUUUAAUUGAGGAGGGCAUCUUUCGCCUGCCAGGACAGGACAACCAGGUCAAGCAGUUCAGAGAGGCCUUCGAUGCUGGAGAAAGACCCUCUUUCCCCAGUGACACUGAUGUCCACACGGUGGGGUCCUUACUCAAGUUGUACCUCAGAGAGCUUCCUGAACCUGUUGUGCCAUGGACCCAGUAUCAGGACUUCCUUGACAGCACUCUGAUGCUGGAUGCCACCACUGCAGCUGGCGUAGAAAAGUUGGAGAAACAAAUCAGCCUUCUGCCAAAAGUGAACUACAACCUCCUUAGUUACAUCUGCAGAUUCCUUUUUGAGGUCCAGCAAAACUCAAAGGUGAACAAGAUGAGUGUAGAGAAUCUGGCCACAGUGAUGGGGGUAAACCUGUUCAAACCGCAAGUGGAGGACGCCAUCAGUAUGAUGAAGGGCACUCCCAUGAUACAGAAGGUAAUGACGGUUAUGAUCAGACACCAUGAGCGUCUUUUCCCACCCUCCAAAGAUAAGCAGCCGUCUCCUCUUCCCAGCAAGAAAAACAAAAGCAAGAAGACCAGUAACCCUCGCAGUUUUGUGGGCUGGGAGUCUGCAGAGUGUGAUGUGUCCUCCCUGUCUGAAUCUCCGGAGGAAGAGGAAGUAGACACACCCGAGGACGAGAAGAGGGACGAGUGGUCAUCUGAAGCAGGGUCAGAAGACACACCUCUUUCUCCUUCCUCUUCAUUUUCGCCCUCAAUAGACGUGUGGCCCGACAGCCCCAGAAAGCGGACCCAAACUCUACCCAGCUUGGGCUGUCCAGCAGUGGUAAAAACAGGCCGCGAGCCUUGGGAUCGUUGGAGCAGGUUCCAGGAGAGCUUUAAUGAGAAUGACGAGAAAACAUUCUCAGAGGACAUCUUUAAGUUACUCGACCUGCAGAAAGUGACACUAUUUUCAGGCGAGAAAAGUGAAAAGGAAAAAGUGGAUGGACAAAAGGACACAGAGUACGAUGUUGUAGUCAACCAGAUAGACGCUCCAAAAACACAGGCACAGGGCACAUCCCCUCUGCCCAAACCUCAGCCGAGAAACAACGAGAGAGUGGUGGCUUUGAGCAGAGACAAACCAGCAGCACCAGUCGACCCUGCUCUACAGAAAAGCAACGCAGCACAGCAAGAAAACACAGACACAACCAACAUCAUCAGCAGUCUCCAGCAGAAGAACAAAGAGCUGAGCGCUACAGUGGUAGAGUUGCAGGCAGCACUAGAGGCAGAGAGCCGCCGCAGCGCUGGAUUAGAGAUCUUACUGCGCAACACAGAACGCAGCAGGGACGAAGCUCUCACGCGCAAUGAGCAGCUCAACAGAGAGAUUCAGGAGUUCCUCAACAGACCCACUGGUGGACCAUCUUAGUGACGCCAUCAAACAAACAAGGUUCAAGCUUAGUCCUGUCUAGCUUCUCACUGGAGUGCAAGACGAGCUAUUUGGACAAAUCCAAAUGUGUGUUACACCUUGAACUGCUGUGAAUAAUGUCUUCGAAAUAAGACCUGUGGUAAUGUCCGUGAUUUUACUAAAGUAAAUCCUCUACAAUGUUUGACGCCUUAUGUACAGAAAUUAUAGAUAUGAUCUAGUUAUUUGGUUUCACAUUGGGAUUGGGAUUUGUAACAUGACAAGUGAACUCUGAAAUUAUGCAGUAUUGGACUGAACAGAGUCAUCGUUAUAGAGAUUUAUAAAGACUAUUUAAUUAUUUCCGUUGAAAUGUGCAUAGUAUUUUCUAAGAGAUCUCAAACAAUAACCCCCAUCAAAAAUAUACCUGACAGCUGGUUAGGCUGGAAGACCAUCUAAUUAUCCAGCUAAAAGAAAAUGUUAUCAGAACUUUGACUAACAUUUUGGCAAGGAUUUGAACAAAAAUUCCUCAAAGAUAUCUGGUGUUUAAUAACAUUAUCAAAACAUUAGCACAUUUAUAGAUUAAGGUUUACUCUUUAACAUUCACAUAACCAAGAAGAAAUAUUUUUAAAACACAUUUUUACAAAACUGGACGUUUUGAACGUUCUAAAAACCUUCAGAAAUAAAGUUUUCAUAACCUAAUUUGAACAUUAGUUAAAAGUUCUAGAAAAGCAUCUUAGGUUUAAGCCAUUUUUUUUCAACAGAGAGAAAAUAUUUUCCACCUUUAAUUAUAAAUAAUAAAUGAAAGAACUAUUGUGUGCUGAGUUUUAAAAUUAUUAUUAUUUAUGUGAUCGCUAGACUGCAUUAGACUCCAUUAGUGUCUGUGAACAAUUUGGUGAAAAGGACAAAAAAAAAUUGGAUUACUGUCAGUAAGUAAACAGUUUUAUCUGGUUUUUCUUUCCUACACCUUCACUUCUGUUGUCUGGUUGCAGUCAGAAAGAGAUAGUGUGUCAGAGGAGAUAAAAUGUGACAGAGUGUGAGAGAGCAAUGAGAAGAAUGCUUUUUUAGAUCUGAAUUCACACAAGAGACCACAUGUGUGUUUUCAAGGAAGGGGUAAAAAGACACUAGGCAUUACGUAAGGAAGAGACCAGAUAGCAUUGUGUCUGUCAGCUGUCAUAAUUAAAUGAUAGGGGAGGAAUUUCCUAUUUCCGACUGGAUUAUACGGACAAUGUGCUGCUCAAAAUCAACAAAAUGCUGAUUAUAUGAAUAUAUGCUGUUCAGAGUCAUUCAUGUGGUAGAUUCCAGUUUGUUCUGUGAGGGUUUUCAUUUGAAAUUUUUUCAGUUGUUUUUCUUGUACACUUUGAUCUCAUCAUAGCAGAACAAUAGUUUCAAAGAUAAACAACACUGUGAUCAAGUGUGUACUACACAAGAAAGAUUAUCUUAAGAGGAAGAGAGUGCGGGUGAGCUUUAUACAACAGGUUACUGGGUCAACAUUUCAUGCACAUAACCCUAAUUAAGGUACGCUUGCUUCUUUUUGUCUAAAAUGUACAAUGAGCGAGUACACCAUGAAUCCAUCUUCCAAACUGUUUUGUCUCAUCACUACGGUUGCGUUCUCCUAUAAUAAUUUUAGAAUGAGAGGGGCACAAACCUCUGCGGAGUAGCCCAGUACCUGCGUGACUCAGGAGAAUUUGCUCCGGCUACAAUGUUCUUCCACAAAACGCAUGCAGUUUUGGUUUAUUCACCACUAGAGCACCAAAAGUUACUUAGGGCUGUAUCCAAAAUCACAAUAAUAUAUACAGUAGGGCUGAUACGUGAAAAACAGUUCAAUUCAAUUCAAAUUUAUUUGUAUAGCACUUUUCUCAAUUCAGUACAUAUGGUUUUAAAGCACCUUUACAGAAAGUGCAUUUCAGAAAUAGCAAGUUAGUUAAUCAUGUAAGGGCAUAAUAAACAACAAAACAAAUUACAGAAAAAAAGCUAAAAUAAAUAAAAUACAAGUGCUUUAAGGUUUUCAUGUAGGUUUAACAGUAUUCAGG